GGGACCUCGGGGGCCCCAGGAUACGUGGAACAGGGACUCUCAGCAGUGCGUUUUAUUUUGAAACCUGGACAGGAAGUGGAAUGCAUCGCCAGCGCGUGACUUGACGGAGCGCAGAGCGGCCGCUGGCUGCAGCGCGUCUGUCGCUGCGGGCGCUGUCACACAAAACCUUUCUCGGAAGCAGAUUCCUGGAACCGCUGCCAGUCCAGACUGAGCCGACGUGUUUUCUGUCCUGCGGCUCUCUGAAUAAAGAGCACACACACACACUCUCUCCGCUCCACUCACACACUUUGACUCCCAGCAGAAACACGCACUGGAUGUUUUCUCUCAUUCUUGUUCUUUUAAGAAAUGUUUCGUGUCGCUUCUAUUCGCACAUGAUAUUUUUGUUCAUUUGCUGUGAAAUGUUUUGAUGGAUUUUACACUGGAGUGUUUUUCAAAGUCGACCCAAUCCUUAUGGUUUUGUUUGAUUUAAGAAAUGGUUGCCCGGGCCUCGACCAUUUCACAUCAUGAGGAGUGUGAAGGUUCUUGCUGUCCACAUCCCCCUCCUCCGUGCUGGGACCCAGCAGAGGACCUCCGCUGCAUCGCCACCACCUUCCAGUAUCUACAGACCUCAGGCUGGUACUGGGGUUCUAUCUCAGCGAGUGAGGCUCGGGAAGCUCUCCUGACAAAGUCUGAAGGCACGUUCCUGGUGCGGGACAGCAGCCACCCUCAGUUUGUGCUGGCGCUGUCGGUGAAGACCAGCUGUGGACCUACAAGUGUACGAAUAGAGUACAGCAGGGGCUGCUUCUGGCUGGACUCCAUCUCCCCUGGUCUGCCUCGCCUGCAGUCCUUCCCAGACAUUCUCAGCCUCAUACAACACUACAAGAGCUCAGGCCACACAGCACAGGACCAGGCAUCUAAUGGCAUUCACACCAAAACAAAGCCCAACCCUGCCAGUGGAGUCGCUUUGAAGCUGACGAACCCCUUACACAAACCAGAGGCCUUCCCUUCGUUGCAGCACCUGGCGCGCCUCACCCUCAACAGACACACAAACUGUCCCGACCACCUGCCACUCCCAAACCCUCUGCUGCGCUACCUGCAGGACUACCCCUUUGACAUUUGAGGGUCUCUGUCCCACGGACUGGAACAUGGAUCAGGAUCACACUCCAUGACCACGCACUUUGACGCUGGGGCAGGUUGACACCCCAAGCAACAGAGGCUGGCCCACAGCGAGAAUACUGAGAGGGUCCAAGUACAGUGCCACCUUAAUUACACUCUUCCAAUCAAAAUGAAAUAAGGAUUAUAAUAUAUUUGAGGCUGCACUGAUUAGACGUGUUUGAUUGUGGGUGGAUAGAUUAUGGUCAGACUGACACUAAGUGACAUGCGGACUGGAGGGCCUGAGGCGGCCGGGCUGACGAGUCUUUGUAAAAGAUAAAAUGAGAAAACAGGGUACAGUGUGUGUUUUGUGUUUGUUUUAUAUCAUUUUCUAAAAGAAAAUAAAGACUUCAGAAAUGUU